AUGGCCAUGGCCAUGGUCAUCAUCGGAAUCAUACACUUCCUCAGUGCGCCGCAGUCCGAGGUCACCUCGCCUAACAGCGGCAGUACCUACCCUAUGGAUACUGAAUAUGGUAACUAUGCCAUAGGAUGCUAUGCUACUCGUAUGUAUCCUACGUCCUUCCGGUCCGGUCUCGCCUCUCGUCUCGGGGACGUGCACAAGCCGUUUCAAUUCUUCCGUUCCUUUCUUGGCGGGGUCACUCAGCUGACCCUUCCUUCAGUGUCCAUCUUCAAUCUACCCGAACCUAUGACAUCGGGCCCGGGUCUCUGCUAUGACGACUCCGCGAAAUAG